UACUAGUACAUAUUCUAGAUAUACAUGUUGACACUAAACAGUAGGCUACGUCCAGUUAGGAUUUAUAUGUUUUGUUGUGAAGUAGCCUAUAGAUUUAGGCUGAUUGUUGCUAUGAUAAAAUAGUUAUUUCAUGUAGUGCCAUCGGGCAAUUCAUAAAGCUUAGUCUAGUAACUUUACAAUUGUGUCAAAUGACUGCUAAUAUCGUAAGAACUCAGUGAUUUGUCACCAUUGAUUUAAUCGCAGAGGGUUCGGAGUUAGUGGAGCGAGAGUGGGGGGGUCAUUACAGAAAAUGUUUCCUUGACUGAAGUAGUCCCAUUUUACGCCCCGCCAUUACCGUCCGGAACAUCUGCCAAAAGACUCAUUGAAUGGGAAGCAAACCUUUUUCAGCGUUUAGCCUCCCACGUGACUAUCACAUCUUCCAUCUGGACUCCGCAAGCUGCCCUGGUAAUUUUAUCACAAACCCGAGGAGCUUGUGCAAACUGGUGCGCGUGAAAAAAGAUAACGAACACCGAAGAUGGAUGUUGUGCAUUUUUCCAUUGGUAGUAUCUUGUCGAUUGCUCUUCAAGCGCUGUUGUUGUCUUCUUCAUAUGGUUCGUUGGAGCCCUACGACCUUUUAUACAACAAUGCCGUCGAAGCAUUUUACAGAAAUGACUAUAAAGAUGUGGUGCGACACAUGGAGGGUGCGCUCAGAAGCUACGCAGAAGUCCGCCAGACUAAAGUCCGAUGUCGGCUGAGAUGCCAGAACCAGCACCCGUUUGAUUCCGCCUCCAUGGACCUGCAGUUCUUUGACGUGGUUCUCCGAAGAUCCUAUUGUCAGAACGAGUGCAUUGAGGAAAAAGUUGGAACACAGUCCAUGCACAAAAUCAGCGAGGAUGUCAUCCAGGAUUUCCACAGGCGAAUCCCGUACAACUAUCUUCAGUUGGCUUAUCAGAAGUUGAAACAGUUGGACAAGGCAGCGGCGGCGGCCCACACCUAUUUCCAGGCAAACCCGGAGAGCGUAGAGAUGGAUCAGAACCUGGAGCAGUACAAGGCUCUGGAGGGCACCAACCUGGACCACUUUGUGGACAGAGAGGCACGGCCACAUCAGCGGUCCUUCUCAGCGGGGGUGAAGCUGUAUGACAAUGCAAACUAUGAGGAGGCCAUCUCCCUGUUCGAGGAGGCCCUCCAGGAGUACUACAGGGCUGACGUGGAGUGUCGGGCCCUCUGCCAGGGGCCCCAGAGGUUCGAGGAGCAGGACCAUAUCCUCUACCGCUACAGCCUCUACCAACUGGUCUCAGACCACUUCACCCAGGUGCUGCACUGUGAACACGAGUGUGUUAGAGACCUGUCCACUCGGCCCGGUCGUCUGUCUCCCAUGGAGAACUACCUACCUCUGCACUACGACUACCUGCAGUUUGCCUACUACCAGCUUAACAUGGUGGAGGAGGCCUUGGCGUGUGCCCAGUCCUACCUGCUGUUCCACGAGGGGGACGAGUUUAUGACAGAGAACGUGGAGUACUAUAGAGAGGCUAUAGGUCACGACCUCAAACCCCGGGAGAAGGCUGAGUGGUACCUGCGGCGCCAUGAGCAGGAGCUGGAGCUACUGAUGAUCGGCAGUGACAACAUGCACGUGGAGCUUACAGAGGGGCAUUAUUGGACCAGCACAGGAGGCAGAGAGGAUUCUAACCGGAUCCCUUCUGGUACUGAUGGAUGGAUGGAGUACGUGCCCAUCUCAGAGAAGAAGAACUUCACCCUGGCCCCGCCACAGGAACUCAGAGAAGGAGGACCCCUGGUGUAUGACAGUGUGCAGCUGAUCCAGAACUCACAGGCCCUGAACGGAACUCAGAGGGUUCUCCUGGAUGAUGUCAUGUCUGUGGAGGAGUGCGCCGAGCUCAAAAACCUGGCCCAUACUAUCACUAUGGCAGGAGAUGGAUACAGAGGGAAGAUGUCUCCUCACACACCCAAUGAGAGGUUUGAGGGAGCCACUGUGUUAAAAGCACUGCAGUACGGCUAUGAGGGCCGUGUCCCUCUGAAGAGCGCUCGUCUGUUUUACGACGUCAGCGAGAGGGCAAGGCGCAUCAUCGAGUCUUAUUUCCUGCUCAACUCAACACUUCACUUCUCCUACACACACCUGGUGUGCCGUACCGCCAUCACAGGGCAACAGGACCAUAGAAAUGACUUGAGUCAUCCCAUCCACGCUGACAACUGUCUGUUAGACCCAGAGGCCAACGAGUGCUGGAAAGAAGCACCAGCCUACACCUACAGAGACUACAGUGCUCUGUUGUACCUGAAUGGAGACUUUGAGGGUGGGGAGUUCAUCUUCACAGAAAUGGAUGCCAAAACAGUCACAGCUCAGGUGAAGCCAAAGUGUGGUCGUAUGGUGGGCUUCUCGUCCGGAGGGGAGAACCCCCAUGGGGUGAGGGCCGUCACCAGGGGGCAGAGGUGUGCCGUGGCCCUGUGGUUCACCUUGGACCCCCUCUUCAGAGAACUGGAGCGUCUACAGGCUGAUGAGGUGGUGCAGGCAUUGGACAACCAAAGCAGCCAAUCAAAGUGGGACACGAGCCUCAACAUCAACCCCAAAGAUGAGCUGUAGUAGCCAACCAACACCCAGCUCUGCAUCCCCCAAAUCUUUGUCUAUUUAUUUAAUGAAGUUUGGAUCAGAACAAUUUUAUUUUUGUACUGUUUGAUGUGCAAGGUUAUAUCGUUGUUGUUCUUAGUUUUGUUGUCGUCUUGGCUUUAGUGUUGUUGUGAUUUUUAUUUCUGUAAAUGCCAGUACUUGAGUUCCCAUUUGGGUCUUAGUUUUUCUCUCUGUUGGGUUGAAACCCAGUCGUUGUACCUCACACUUUAAAGUUUCAGGUAACUUCCAGGUCCCUUUGUGAUGAACUUUAAAGUUCCAGGUCCCUUUGUGAUUCAUAUACGAGGCUGUUUCAAUACCACCCUGUCCUACAUAUGUCCAGUUUUUACUGCACUGUGAACCAGCCAAAGAGAAGAAUGCCAGUUGACAUUGUUUCUCUCUGUUAGAAAAAAGAAAUAAAAAAUGUCUG